AUGUCUCGUCGCCAUAAUCUUCCUGAAUCUCCAAACGUUUAUAACCUUCCGAUUGUAAGUUUAAUUUUGUCUUUAUUGUCUUGUUAUUUAGAAACGGCUACGAAUCGACGGCGAAGGAAACCAAGAUCCAAACGUAAGUUGUUUAUAUUGUUUUAGGGAUGUGUUGGCCAUUUUGUAUUUUUCAAUUGUGCUUGUUUUAAUUGGGUUUUAAUUUUGAGAUUGUUGUUAUCUACUUUGGAGUUGCAACUCCAGUUGUAUAAGGUAGAUUUUAAGACUUUUCCUUGUUUAUUAUUGUAGUUCGGGCUAAAAAGUGUGGAAGGACAAUAAAAGCAAAGAUAAGUAUCAAAAAAUAUCUGAUUUUUGGACUUCUGCCACCUGUAGUUCUGGCAAAUUUAAAGUAUUUGGGUUUGAAUAUCAAAUUAGUUUGCAUGUUCCUUUAGCAUUCAUCAGAGGCCGCUAAUUCUCUCUUCUCGGCCAGGUUUAUGCCCAAAAUUAUUUUUUCCCAUUUCACUUGUACUACAAGUUGUUACGCUGGCCUCAAUUGUCUAGUGUAACGACAAUGUUCUAAUGAGUGACUAACGUGUUUCCUUUCCAUGUUCAGGCAAAUGGUAAGCUGAGAAGCGUUGUAGUGAUUGUUUCGUGAAUAAAAUGACCUUCACUCCCCUCUAAAAAGCUUUCUCACUCUUGCAAACAUUGGACUUCAUAGACGCACGUUUUUUGAGUCUUUUGGAAUGGAACGUUGAGAGGAACGCUUGUUUUCUUCGUUGAAAUUUGUGUAUUCAUAGUGCUACUUGUUUUGGUUUGGAAAAUUGGAUUUCAGGCUUUAAAUAAUGUGUUUAUCACUUAUUACUUUUGAAAUUGUGUUAUUUCUUUGUUUUAGGUGACAUUGUGUUUUUGUGAUGCCAUUUCGUCGCAUUGAUAUUGUUAUAUUAGGUAUAACUCUCUUUUCAUGGCCGAACUAUUUUUAUAUUAGGUAUAACUUUGUUUUCAUGGCCAAGCUCUGCAUACACAACAUGUUUACCAUGGACUUUUCAUUUUGCUGAGUUUUUUUGACAAGUUCAUGACUAUUUGUGCUUCGAAAGUAGUGUUCUUUGAUCGCUUACAUCUUCUACUGUCUUUUUCUGUAUACGUAAUUUUUAAGUCUGUUUGUGUUUCAUUCGUUUGCCACCAACAUUUUGGCUACAAAAUACAAAAAAAAAGAUGAUAAUAUCACAUUUUCGAUGAUAUUAGCCCGCGGCAAUUUCUAUAAAAGUCGCAAAUUUUGAUUUUAUUCGCACUUUUUUGGCCGAUCUUUUAUGGUUUUGCUCGAGGGAUUGGGAUAUUUGUGGGCUUUUAACAUGUUUGUGGUUCUUGCAGAGAUGUUAUAUUGCUGUAGUAUUGGAAUAGGGGUGUUAAUGUGCUGUUUUGAUUAAAAACCGUUUGUAUUUGGAUUUUCUGUUAAAAAAAUAAUAUUUAAUGUCUAAAAGCCUAACAUGUUGAUUUUUAAAGAUCUCUUCUGUUGUUUAGAUUCAGAUAUUGUAGUAAACAGCAGUUCCGAUUGAUAAUAUUUAUUCCCGAAUUUUCUCCGCCCUUUUUAGAAAUCACAAAAACUGUUGCCUUGCAGGUUUUUAUCUUUAUUUCAAGGUUUUCGUUUGUCAGUUUAGGUUCUUUUUAGUCGCCUGUUCGUUGAAAGUACUUUUGGGAACGGUGUCCUUUAAUUUUUAAGCCUUUUGAUGUGGUAGUACCCAUGUUUAUGGUUGGUUUUAUUGUUUUUUAGGUAAACAGAUAUGUUUGGGUAAUAUUUUGAUGAAUGUUGGUGUUUUAAUGUUUGUCUUCUUAGUUUUAAUGUCAGUUUUACAAAUUAAUUAUUUUAGGUAAUUAGAAAGGUAAAAAGAUGACCAAUCUUUUAUAUAGGUUGGGCUUCUACGCACUUUUUGACCAAAAUAGUAUUUUUGUUGUUUUCGUCUUCUGAAGUUUCGAAAUUCUUUGCUAUCUGCACUGUGCACUAGUUGUUUAUUGUUGGACUUUCGUGUUUUAUCAUCUUUAAAAGUUUGUGUAAAUAUCCUAUUUGUUAUACUUCAAGCUUAGUUCUGUUCCAUUUUAGGCAGCAAAUAUGUCCAAGGCAUUCAUUGGUAAACCAGCCCCAGAAUUCACAGCUGAAGCCGUCGUAGAUGGUGACUUCAAGACCGUCAGCUUGAAGGACUAUAAGGGAAAGUACGUCGUGCUCUUCUUCUACCCAUUGGACUUCACUUUUGUCUGUCCAACUGAAAUCAUCGCCUUCUCUGAAGCCGCCGAACAGUUCCGCAAGUUGGGCGUCGAAAUCUUGGCCGCCAGCACCGAUUCUAAAUUCUCUCACUUGGCUUGGAUCAAUCAGCCACGUAAGCACGGCGGUCUCGGCGAGAUGAAGAUCCCAGUCUUGGCCGACACCAACCACCGCAUCUCACGCGACUACGGAGUCUUGAAGGAGGAUGAAGGAAUCGCCUUCCGGUAGGUUUAUAUUUAUUAUAUUUUAGUGUUAAAAUGAUUGAAAAAUUGUUUUGUGCGGGCAAAUUUAUUUUUACAUGAUUAUUUUCACGAUAAUAUUGUAGAUAACAAAAAAUACAUUUUUUACAGUGAAAAAAAAAUUUUGAAUUAGGAUUUAUAAACAAAUUUCUUUUUGUUCUUUAUUCUAAUUUUUAUAAUUUCAGUGGGCUCUUCAUCAUUGACACUAAGGGAAUCCUCCGUCAAAUCACCAUCAAUGAUCUCCCAGUUGGCCGUUCCGUCGAGGAAACCCUUCGUCUGGUCCAAGCCUUCCAAUACACUGACAAGCACGGUGAGGUGUGCCCAGCCGGCUGGCAACCAGGAUCCGACACCAUCAAGCCCGAUGUCAAGAAGUCUGCUGAAUACUUCAACAAACACUAA